AUGGAGACUGUAACGGAUGUCGAAGUGCAUCUCAUCCAACUCCUCGGGAGCAUGAGGCUGGAAGGAGGAUGGGACAAGCCCAGCUCGGUGAGUUCCCCAACAAGCAUCAAAAUCUCGACAUCAAUCAAUGGCACUGCGGAGAAGAACAGCCCAAGGAUAGACGGAGGUUCACCACCACAAGAUAGUGAUACAAUCAUGUCCAACUCCAUCGAUACAGAGGACCUCCACUACCAGCACCCGCACGGACAUCCAGCCGCGUCUGUCAACGAGAACGAAAAUGCGCGACCACCCUGCGGCUGUGCACUCGUACAAGCUCUGCGUGGGCUCAUCCGCGCAGGCACAUAUCCCGCCACGAGCGGAGAGUACCUUGAAGCGAUAUUCACGCACCGGGAGGCAUUUUAUGCGUUUCCGCAGGGCCACCGGACGUGUGCGAUUGGAUUCAGCGACCUGGCGGUGGACCUGGAGCGGCGACAGUAUGUUGUGAAAGCAGAUGUGGACGAAGUGGCUGCGACGGCGUUCAGACACGAAGCGUGGGUCAUCGCAAGCAGCAGUAGGUGGUAA